AUGGUGAGUCGGGAUAUAAGUGCACCCAUUAGCGUGCACCCUUAUCCUCCCGGUGCUGUACCUGCCGCUGCAACCGUCUCUAAUGCCGUUAUGGCUGGAACAACGUUAGACCCUUCAGCAGAAACGGUGCCAGUCAUGGCUCCCGAUAAUGCCUCAGUCGUGUACUUGGAUGUAAGAAAAAGUCCCUCUCAAAAGGGUCCUGAUAUGAUGCAUCAUUCUCCUCGAACAAGCAUGGGUUUGACAGCUGCUGAUGUGCCCCCAGCUAUCCUGCCGCCGAAGGGUGACCGCGUCAUGGUCACGCUGAUGAAACUCAGCACUGCAAACGAGCAUGCGUGGCUCACCAUUGGUUCAACGGCUGAAUCCAUGGGAGACUCACCCCGUGCGCUUGGCUCCUACGAGUCUGCCCUUUUGCAUAACCCAUAUUCUGUUUCAGCGCUCAGUGCCAUUGCAAAUGUAUAUCGUUCUAUGGACCAUUUUGAUCUUGCUGUUGAAUACUUUCAACGUGUUUUAGAUAUUGACAAUGAAAAUGGAGAAGUAUGGGGUGCAAUGGGUCAUUGCUACUUGAUGAUGGAUGAGCUUGAAAAAGCGUAUGCUGCAUACCAUCAGGCCUUAUACCAUUUGCCAAAUCCCAAAGAGCCAAAGCUUUGGUAUGGAAUCGGCAUAUUGUACGACCGUUACGGAAGCCUAGAGCACGCUGAAGAAACUUUUUCUAGUGUUGUUCGAAUGAAUCCUGACUAUGAAAAGGCCAACGAAAUUUACUUUCGCCUCGGAAUCAUAUACAAGCAGCAAGGUAAAUAUGAAACUAGUCUCGAAUGUUUUCGUCUCAUCCUAGGAAACCCGCCCAAGCCGCUCACAGAGAUGGAUAUUUGGUUUCAAAUUGGACAUGUGCACGAACAACAACAUGCUUACGAUCUUGCAAGAGAAGCAUAUGAACGUGUCCUCUCUGAAAACACAGAUCAUGCGAAGGUCCGCCAGCAAUUGGGCCUAUUGUACAUGCAGCCAAAAGCGAGCUUUUUUAGCCAAGAAAAAGCUCUAGAGCUCUUGCAACAGAGCCUGGAAUGUGAUCCAAAUGACCAGCAAACGUGGUUCUUGGUCGGCAGAUCCUACAUGGAGAUGCAGGAAUAUAAUAAAGCUUAUGAUGCGUAUCAACAAGCUGUGUAUCGCGACGGAAAGAAUCCUGCUCUCUGGUGUUCAAUUGGCAUACUCUAUUUCCAAAUCAUGCAAUUUCAUGAUGCACUGGGUGCAUUUUCCCGCUCUAUUCGUUUGAAUCCCUACAUCCCUGAAAUUUGGCUGAACCUUGGAAUUUUGUAUGAGACAUGCAACAAUCAAAUUUCUGAUGCUAUUGAUGCUUAUCGCCGUGUCAUGGAGCUUGAACCUGAGAAUGCAGCUAUUCAGCAACGUUUACAACUUUUACAAAAUGCUGAGCCGCUUGGGAAAGCAGUACCGAACAUUCCCAAACCUAAGGAUGUACCGCUGGACUCAUACGCUACCGUCAAUGUAGCAGCUCCAGAUACACCGUCUGCUGCCUCAUUCAAAGCCGAAGACAAGACUUGGAAGAUCUCAUCUCGCACAUCAGCAGAUCCAUCAGCAGAAGUAUCUGUGCCUGUUCGCGAAGUUCACUCCGAGGGUGAACGCAAACAAAUACUAGACGCCCCUCCGCAUCGCGCGUAUAUUAGUGCGUCGCGGUCGCUCAAUGGUCCAUCUACAUUUGCUCGAUCUUACGCUGAAACCGACCGUGCAGAUGUUUCUCAUCCUCGCACGCAUGAGGCUCCCUUAGAAUGGGACCGGCAAUAUUCUGUGCCGUAUGUUGACGAGCGUGCAGGAGUUUACUCUUCCCGUAUACCAAUGACUUCAUCGCAUCAUUAUUAUGAUGGACGUAUCUCGCGGUACGAUAGUGACGGCUAUCGUGGUGGACGCCCGUAUGUCCCUGUGACAAGUACGCGGCUUUCACCACUGGAUCGCCGCACGUUUGUUUCGCCAAGUCAAGAGCGCGAGAUUCUAGAUGGCGAUCGAGACAGUACGUUUCAUGGAAAACAAGAAGUGAGCCGCAUCCGGAGUGAGCUACCCGUGCGAGGGAUUCAUUCUGAGGUUCGCCUUGCACCUGCUGAGCCUGGCGUGUCUUCGAUGAGUCGCGGCUCAGACUCAGCUAGUAAUGCUCGAGAAGUGGACGAGGACUAUGAUGAAGGUGCUGCUAGUGCUCUCAUGGGACUGGUCGGUGCAGCGAAUACAGCGUAUGAAGCAAGUUCGUGGGGUCGUGCUCGAUCUGAAGCGCCCAUACGCGCACGAUCACCAACCUCUACGAAGCGUGCAGGUGACCAUGAUCGUCCCAGUCUAGAAGCUAAACGGCGUCGGUACGAAGAUUUAUACACUUAUGAGGACCGUAUCGAGCGACCGGAUGGUCGCGUCAUGAUUUCUGCUGCCAGAGAAGGGUAA